AUGGCGACACCGGACGCGGGGCUCCCUGGGGCUGAGGGCGUGGAGCCGGCGCCCUGGGCGCAGCUGCAGACCCCCGCCCGCCUCCUGCUGCAGGCGCUGCAGGCGGGGCCUGAGGGGGCGCGGCGCGGCCUGGGGGUGCUCCGGACACUGGGCAGCCGCGGCUGGGAGCCCUUCGACUGGGGUCGCUUGCUCGAGGCCCUGUGCCGGGAGGAGCUGGUGGUGCAGGGGCCUGACGGCCGUCUGGAGCUGAAACCACUGUUGCUGCGAUUGCCCCGGAUAUGCCAGAGGAACCUGAUGUCCCUGCUGAUGGCCGUUCGGCCAUCACUGCCAGAAAGUGGGCUCCUCUCUGUGCUGCAGAUUGCCCAGCAGGACCUAGCCCCUGACCCUGAUGCCUGGCUCCGUGCCCUGGGGGAAUUGCUGCGAAGGAAUCUGGGGGUGGGGACCUCCAUGGAGGGAGCUUCUCCACUGUCUGAAAAAUGCCAGAGACAGCUCCAAAGUCUGUGUAGGGGGCUGGGCCUGGGGGGCAGGAGGUUGAAAUCCCCCCAGGCUCCAGACCCUGAAGAAGAGGAGAACAGGGACUCCCAGCAGCCUGGGAAACGCAGAAAGGACUCAGAGGAAGAGACUGCCAGUCCUGAGGGGAAGAGGGUCCCCAAAAGAUUCCGGUGUUGGGAAGAGGAAGAUCAUGAGAAGGAGAGACCCGAACAUAAGUCACUGGAAUCCCUGGCAGAUGGAGGAAGUGCAUCUCCUAUUAAGGACCAGCCUGUCAUGGGAGCUAAGACUGGCGAGGACGGUUCGAGUCUGGAGGAUGCUAAAGGUCUAGCUGAGAGUUUGGAGUUGCCCAAAGCUAUCCAGGACCAGCUUCCCAGGCUGCAGCAGCUGCUGAAGACCUUGGAGGAGGGGUUAGAGGGAUUGGAGGAUGCCCCCCCAGUUGAGCUACAGCUUCUUCACGAAUGUAGUCCCAGCCAGAUGGACUUGCUAUGUGCCCAGCUGCAGCUCCUCCAGCUCUCAGACCUCGGUCUCCUGCAGCUCUGCACCUGGCUGCUGGCCCUUUCACCUGACCUCAGCCUCAGCAAUGCUACUAUGCUGACCAGAAGCCUCUUUCUUGGACAGAUCCUCUCCUUGACUUCCUCACUCUCCCACCUGCUUACAACUGCCCUGACCUCAUUCUGCACCAAAUAUACAUACCCUGUCUGCAGCGCCCUCCUUGACCCUGUGCUCCAGGCCCCAGGCACAGGUCCUGCUCAAACAGAGUUACUGUGUUGCCUUGUGAAGGCGGAGUCCCUGGAGCCAGAUGCACAAGUUCUAAUGCUGGGACAGAUCUUGGAGCUGCCCUGGAAGGAGGAAACUUUCUUGGUGUUGCAGUCACUCCUAGAGCGGCAGGUGGAGAUGACCCCUGAGAAGUUCAGUGUCUUAAUGGAGAAGCUCUGUAAAAAGGGGCAGGCAGCCACCACCUCCAUGGCCUAUGCCAAGCUCAUGCUGACAGUGAUGACCAAGUAUCAGGCUAACAUCACUGAGACCCAGAGGCUGGGCCUGGCUAUGGCCCUAGAACCUAACAACACCUUCCUGAGGAAGUCCCUGAAGGCCGCCUUGAAACAUUUGGGCCCCUGACCAUCCACCAAGGGACCACCCUCUUGGUGCUCCAUCACCAGCUUCCUGAAGGGCAUUUCUUUCUUCACCACCUUGUCUUGAG